AUGAAGCGUAAGAAACUGAAUGAAUUUAUACCACGGGAGCUGUCCAUGGAGCAGAUCUUGCCCAUCCCCAAAGACUGUAUCCUACUCUUUGACAGCCUGGCAAUACAAGAAGCCUCAUGAAAUGACCAUAAGACAUACUUUGAGAAAAUAGGGUUAUUUGGAAAAGACUCAAGUCAAUGUUUUUGUUGUUGAGGAUUUAGAUUUUUGGACAAUGGAUAUGUCCCACGAGUCUCAUUCACAUAAAUUCUGUGUAAAUUCCAAUAUUGCUCAGUAAGUCAUGAUGAGCCUCUGCCCCGCCUCUAACCCAGUCAUCUCACGCUAACUAUCGUCUUGGUCAAGGCACAAGAGCUAUCCAUCCGGGCAACUUCAUAUUUUUGGAUAGAGAUAAAUGUAACCUGUCUCAGCAAGAUGAAACUAUGUGGAAUUCGAGCUUCACCUGAGUUUUAUUUUCUGCUUGAAUAUUAUUCCAGGUAGGCUAUAGUUUCUCUCUUUUGCUGAACUAUGCACAGUUGAAAAUGGUAAAUUCACGAUGUACAUAUUUAGGAAUGUAUAUGGUAUGUUAAGUGUCUUUAUAUCAACACACGCUUACAUUCCAAUCGCAAUGAGUGUUCUCAUUUUGUUUUUUCAUUUAAAACAUCAUGCAAGUGGUGAGUUAAAUGGUUUCAUGACUGGUUUAGAGUAGCCUCUUGACAGAUAGCUUGUUGGAUUUGUAUUACAUUAAGUGUUACUGAUGUAACUGAUGUAAACUACAUUAUUGCUGGUCUCUUAAUGAUGAAUCAUUGUGACAUCUACAGUGGUCGAUCAUUUCCUUUAUCCCAGUCAGAUUCUGAUUAGAUAACCGUCACCGCUGUUUCCCAAGCAGGAGGCAGGAUCUCCCUGCCAGUUGUUUAGGGAUCGUCUUAUAUAAUGUAAUCCUGUGGCCCUUUUCUGCAUUCUCCUCAAAAGGCUUUAUUGAAACAGUGAAGCAGGGUAACAUCUGGCUCACCCAAAUCCACUGAGACCACUGUAAACAGUUGCUUCUGGCAGUGUUCUGAACUCAAUUAUGUUCGUCAAGAAUUUGAAAUGAAUUCCCGGAAGAAAAAAAACAUAUCCUAUAAUAGAAAUAAUAAAAAAAACGGGAUUAAAGACUGGAGAGAAAGUGAAAUGGUCUAGUAAAUUCCAAGUAUGCAGAAGAUUUGCACAACUGUAUUUUGUUAAACUCAUGCAAAUAUUAUUGGAUUUUUCUAUACAAAUGGAGAAAAAAGCAUCAGCAUGAAGGACUUCAGGGCGGCAGGUAGCCUAGCGUUUAGAGCGUUGGGCCAAUAACCGAAAGGCUGUUGAUUCGAAUACCUGAGCCGACAAGGUGUACCCUUGAGCAAGUAACUUAUCCCUAGUUUGCUCCAGGGGUACCAUACUACUAUGGCUGACCAUAUAAAACAACACAUUUCACUGCACCUAUCUGGUUUAUGUGACAAUAAAAAUACAUUUUCCCCCCUUUUUUUAUGCAUGCAUUCAACCUACAAGAACAGUGUACAGUGUAUCUAUUAGACUGUAUUAUAGCCUAUCCCUGUUAAUUUUCUAUGGUGGUAUUAUAUGGCAAAUGUCCCAUGGAUUAGGGCGUGUAUCAACACAUCCCUGCUUGGGGUCAACAGAUGCCUCAGUUGCAUCUGCUGGCUCAUAAUGGCAGCUUUGCUUGAUCUCUUGCUAUAGCAUCAGAAGGGUAAUCUACUCCCAAAUACCCCCAGUGUUCUGCACCAUCUGCCAUGACAUGUCCUCUGACACACUAAGACUUUUACCCAUGUACAGGUAACUGCCAAAAUAAAGGAAACACAUGAGUAAAUGAAGGAUACAAAGUACUGUAUAUUGAAAGCAGGUGCUUCCACACAGGUGUUGUUCCUGAGUUAAUUAAGCCAUUAACAAUCCAUCAUGCUUAGUGUCAUGUAUAAAAAUGCCCAGUUGCCCAUUAUUUUGGCUACCAUGGCUAGAAGAAGAUAUCUCAGUGACUUUGAAAGAUGGGUCUCAAAGGAGCAUAGGGGGUUUAAAGUGUGUGUGUGUGUGUCACCAGAUUUCAACCCAAUUGAAUACUCAUGGGAAAUUCUGAAGCGGUGCCCGAGACAGCAUUUUCCAGCACCAUCAACAAAACACCAAACGAUGGAAUAUCUCAUGGAAGAAUGGUGAUGCCUCCCUCCAAUAGAGUUCCAGACACUUGUAGAAUCUAUGCCAAGGCACAUUGAAGCUGCUCUGGUGGAUCGUGUUGGCCCUAUUAAGACACUUUAUGUUGGUGUUUCCUUUAUUUUGGCAGUUACCUGUAUGUCCCAGAGACUUUGUUCUGACUGACAUCAGGUUGUCACAGAUUGUCAUUUUUGAAUAAAUGUAUGAAUAUGAUCUAGUGCUCACUAAAUUACAAAUUAAUUAAAUUAAAUUGAUUGUGUUUUUGGUGUUUAGGUGAGAAUGAUGUUGAACAUGUUUAACAUUGCUCUCCAUGUUCUUUCUUAUCCAUUUUUAAAUAACAUAUUAGUCAUUUAGCAGACACUGUUCUCUCUGCCCUGUCCUAGCCUGUUGGAGUGCUCAUGGGAAGUAUGCCCAGAAGCUGCUGAAAGAUUUGUUUACUAACUACACCAGUGCCCUGAGACCGGUAGAGGACACAGACAACAUCCUCAAUGUGACCCUGCAGAUCACCCUCUCACAGAUCAUUGACAUGGUAACAGCUUUCUUACAUGUAAACUAUGGCUAUUUCAGCAAUACAACAAUAAUAAAGAGAUUCCCAAAAAAGAUCUCAAACAAAAAUCUCAUACAUUCACAUUUUGCAUUUGAAAUAGAUGUAAUAUUCUAAGUGGUAAUGAUAACUAGUGAAAUUAAGCCAUUGUUCACCAUGUUCCCUCUAUUGCAGGAUGAACGUAACCAGAUUUUGACAGCAUAUCUGUGGAUACGACAGGUGUGGGUAGACUCAUACCUCACCUGGAAUACAGAUGAUUAUGAUGGACUUGAUACCAUCCGUAUACCUAGUAGUUAUAUAUGGAGACCUGAUAUAGUCUUAUAUAACAAGUAGGUCGGACUGGUAUUGGGUUCAUCAGAGAGCUCUGUUGCUCCCACAAUACAUUCCACACAUCAACGUUGUUGUCAGUGUGAAGACACAAGCUGAACACUCCUUGAAGACAUUUAUUCACGGGAGUGUUCUGGUCGUUUUCUGCUUUUUAUACUGGGAAUCUGGGAAGUAACGGGCUGCAGGUAGCCUAGCGGUUAGAGUGUUUGGCCAGUAAAUGAAAGGUCGCCGGUUUGAAUUCCCGAGCCGACAAGGUGAAAAAUCUGCAGAAGUGCCCUUGAGCAAAGCACUUAACCCUAAUCUGCUCCAGGGGUGCCGUACUACUAUUGCUGACCCUGUAAAACAACACAUUUCACUGCACUUAUGUGACAAUAAAACAUCAAGGUUAUAAAAUGCAGAAACAAAGUGGAGGCAACCCAAAAAUAGCUAACUCUUUUCAUGAGGGGUUCGCUCUUCUUCCAUUGCUUUUCUUGUGCCUUUGGCUAGUCCUGCUAGUCAUGCCUGGUUGCCCGUCUGUUCUAAAAGGGUAAUGCAUGUCUUUCUUAGACUGUAUGAUAUUUACAUUGUUCGUCACUGUCUUCAUAUGAAUGGACUUCAGCCUCUGUUGAUCUAACACUAAACCAAUACUAGUAUAAUUCUUAACUGUGUGCUGCAAUCAACAGCUGUACAGUUUCUCUCUCUCUCUCUCUCUCUCUCUCUCUCUCUCUCUCUCUCUCUCUCUCUCUCUCUCUCUCUGUAUGUAUUUCAGUGCUGAUAGCCAUUUCACAGGCUCCAUGGACACUAAUGUGGUUAUCCGCCAUGAUGGCCAGAUCAUGUGGGACUCCCCGGUUAUCACCAAGAGCUCCUGUAAGGUAGACGUAUCCUUCUUCCCAUUUGAUGCCCAGCAGUGCAGAUUCACCUACGGCUCCUGGACCUACAACGGUAACCAGAUGGACCUCCAGAACGCUAUGGACCACGCCGACCUGGCUGACCUGGUAGAGAACGUGGAAUGGGAGGUGAAUGAAUUUAUAACUUUUAUUUGACCAAUUUAAAAUACAUAGAGUUGCAACAAUACACUCAUUAAAAAAAUCCUUGAUGAUAAAAACACAGUACAGUUAACAGAUUUAUUCCAUCGGGACCACGCUCUAACGUCUUAUCCUAUGUUUUGAACUCAGUGCAUCUUUUCCCCAAUGAAUGAAUAACUGAAUCACUUAUUGCCAUUGUGGUCCUGGUUCUCAGGUGCUGGGGAUGCCUGCCAAGAGGAACAUAAUUAUGUAUGGCUGCUGUGCUGACCCUUACCCUGAUGUGACCUACACUCUCCAACUAAAGAGGAAGGCUUCCUUCUACGUGUUCAACCUGCUCAUCCCAUGUGUGAUGAUCUCCUUCCUGGCUCCGCUGGGCUUCUACCUGCCGGCUGACUCUGGGGAGAAGGUGUCCCUGGGCGUCACCGUCAUGCUGGCUCUCACCGUGUUUCAGCUGCUGGUCGCUGAGACCAUGCCUCCAUCAGAGAAUGUGCCACUUAUUGGUGAGGGCAAUCAGGGGUAGACUGGGACCAGAAAUCGGCCCUGGCAUUUCUAACACACUGGCCCAUUCUUUUACUUGAGGCCCCCAUUAUUAGCCAGAUCAUGAUCAUUUAGAUAGUGAUAAUAAUACAUGUAUGUUCCCCUUUCAAUGUCCCACAGGAAAGUACUACAUAGCCACCAUGACCAUGAUUACAGCCUCCACGGCCCUGACCAUCUUUAUCAUGAACAUCCACCACUGUGGCCAGACGCCAAGCCUGUGCCCAAGUGGGCCAAGAUCUUCAUCCUGCAGGACAUGGCCAGGGUGUGCUUUGUGUAUGAAGUAGGGGAGAACUGCAUGUCUUUCCAGCCUGAGAAACAGGACCCACCACCUCAACCUACCUCUCAGCGGAGCAACAACUACACCACGAACGGACAAGCAGGUGGAAAGAGGUCAAGACGGCAUCACCCCCAAAAUAAUUGAGGAGACAGAGGAUCAGUUGAUGAGCCCCACCGGCUCCAUGGAGGGGAACCCCACCAACCACUACAUCGCCUGGAGAAACGGCAUGUUCAUGAGCAUGGACUGUGGGGACUCAACAGGGCCGGCCGCAGCCAGGAGGAGCCGGAAGGCUGGAGUGAGUGACGGAGUAGGAGUGAGUAGAGGGAGAGAGGAGGUGUGUAAGACCCAGUGCACCUGUCAGCAGCAGCAGCUCCUCAGAAAUAUUGAGUACAUUGCCAACUGUUACAGAGAUACGAGGGCCACCGUGAAAAGGACUGGGGAGUGGACGAAGGUGGCGAAGGUGUUGGACCGAUUCUUCAUGUGGAUCUUUUUCAUCAUGGUGUUUUCCAUGAACCUUCUCAUCAUGGGGAAAGCCAUCUAA